AUGGAUUCAGAAGGACGUGAUGAAGCUUUUUUCCUAAAAGGAAUACGGCAUUUAGGAAAACUUUAUGACUUUGAGCAAUCCGAAUCGUUCGAUUUGUUGGGUUUUCAACGUAUUUUGGAUCAAUUGGAGGAACAUUUUGAUGUAGCAUCAAAAUUGGAAACGCUUCAGGUUUAUAAUCCAAAUGAAGUACCCGACCAAUUUGCAAGCGAAGCUCUUAUCUCGUCUGGUUCAGAAACUUUAGUGAAAAUUGGUGCAAAUAGACGGUGUAUGUUUAGUAGCGACAUCGCACAAAUUCAAUCGGACCCUUAUUUUCGAAGCAAUUGCAUACGAUCAUGCCGUUUGGAUAGUAUUAUUGCGUUAUGCGGAUGCAUUCCAUUCUUUUAUCUUGAUUUGAAGCCGUUAUUAACUAACUCAACGAACGUAUGCACAUUGGAUAAAUUACAUUGUCUCAAUCAUUUCCAUGUCAAAUGGCAAACGCUGUUAUUUUCACGCGAGAAAAGUGUUGGUGUUGAAACCGAAUUCGAGAAUGGUUUGUCAUGCUUACAAUGUUUACCGUCUUGCUCUCAAACACAAUAUUCAAUUUCAACAACCCGAUUACCAUUACGAACAUUACCGAUCCAAACACGCAACAUGACUCGAUUUGGAAGAGAUGCUGUAGCCAAUAGUGAACUGAUAAUGUUGCGGUUAUUUUAUGCGAGACCAGAUCACUUCUUGUACAGACAGUACGUUGCGAAAAAUUGGUUUGAACUCUUAAGUGAAUUGGGCGGAUUGUCUGGCGUAAUUAUUGGAUUUUCGCUGAUAAGUGUUAUUGAAGUUCUCUAUUUCAUGGUUAAACAAUUUUACUCAGCCAUUCAAAAUCAUAAUCAUCGUCGAUAUUCGGAAAAAGUUAAACAAGGGCGCAAUUUUAUUUUCUUCUCUUGAAAGCAUCAACAUUUAAAACAGCCUCGAAUUAAUGGACACUCGACGUUUAUGUAAACGAUAUGGCAAAUAAUUUGCAUAAAAACUCAU